UAUUUCAAAUGCCUGACCCACUAGCGUGAUUUCAUUGCAUUCUUCUUUAUGCGUUCACUCCCUCGCUACUAGCACUGCUUCUCCUUCUUCACCUCAUCUUUCAUCUUCUUUCUUCUUUGUUUUUAAUCUCACCGAGCCAAGCGGUGCGGCCGGUGGCUCAUUAAAUUUAUUGUUUCAUCGUCAAAGAUCAGAUCACCGGAAUGGCGGUUUAGGCCGGCACUGGAGCGAUACGGAACAAAGAGUUCUGUUGUACCGGAACGGAAUUCAAAACUUUGAUUCUAUCAUUUUUAAAGUUAAAGUGGCUCAUAAUCAUAAUUUGAAUUGAUGAAUGGCACAUGACAUCUCAAGCUCUCUCAAAAACCAAACACCUUCUCACUAUUACCGCAGCAGCCCAGUGCGAGUCACUCUUGCGAAGCUAUGCGGCCAUUCGCUCACUCACAAAAACCAAACAACUCCAUGCCCACACCAUCACCUCUGGCCUACUCUCCACCCACCUUCGCUCAAACCUCUCCACAGCCUAUGCUCUAUGUGGCCACGUCCCCCAUGCGCGUAAACUGUUCGACGAAAUGCCUCACCGAACCUCAUUUUUGUAUAACAUCUUCAUAAGAAUGUACAUAAAAAAAGGUGUUCCCUUUGAUGCACUUAGCGUGUUUGUUGAAAUGCUCAGCUCGGGGCAGUGCCGGCCUGAUAACUUUACGUACCCUUUUGUUAUCAAGGCUUGCGGUGACUUGUUGUUGCUUAAUGUGGGGCUUGUAGUUCACGGGAAAACACUGAUGGCUGGGCUUGAUUUGGACACGUUUGUGCAGAACUCUUUGCUGGCAAUGUAUAUGAAUUGUGGUGAGAAGGAGGAGGCGAGACAGGUUUUCGAUGCAAUGUGGGAACGGAGCGUUGUGUCUUGGAAUACAAUGAUUAAUGGGUAUGUUCGGAAUGGGUGUGCAAAGGAGGCUAUGAUGGUUUUUAGUUGGAUGAUGGAUGUGGGUGUUGAGCCUGAUUGUGCCACCAUGGUUUCAGUGUUACCAGCUUGUGGUUACUUGAAGGAUUUGGUAUCGGGAAGAAAGGUUCACGCGUUAGUAGAAGAGAAGGGUUUGGGGAAGAAGAUAGCGGCGAAGAAUGCGUUGGUAGACAUGUAUGCUAAGUGUGGUAGUAUGGAUGAAGCACAAUUAGUUGUUGAUAAGAUGGGUGAGAGGGAUGUGGUCACAUGGACAACCAUGAUCAAUGGGUACAUUUUGAAUGGUGAUGCAAGAAGUGCUUUGGCACUUUGUCAGCUGAUGCAGUUUGAUGGGGUAAGACCCAAUUCAGUGAGUAUAGCUUCUCUUCUUUCGGCAUGUGGUAGUUUGUGUUCUCUGGAGUAUGGUAGGUGCUUCCACGGGUGGGCAAUAAGGCAAAGAGUUGAGUCUGAUGUUAUUGUGGAAACUGCAUUGAUUAACAUGUACGCAAAAUGCAAAAAAAUUUACCUCAGCCUUCGAGUGUUUGCUAAAACUACUAAAAAACGAACAGUCCCUUGGAAUGCAAUUCUUUCUGGGUGUGUUCACAAUGGGCUUGCAAGAGAAGCAAUAGAAUAUUUCAAACAAAUGCUAAUGGAAGCAUUACGACCCAAUGAUGCAACCUUGAAUAGUCUCCUUCCUGCAUAUUCUAUUCUUGCAGAUUUGCAGCAAGCAACAAACAUACACUGUUACCUAGUAAUAUCUGGGUUUCUUUCAAGCACCGAAGUUGCUACUGGUUUGAUAGAUAUAUACUCAAAAUGUGGAAGUUUAGAAUCUGCUCACAAAGUUUUUAGUGGAGUUCCUGAAAAGGAAAAGGACAUUAUCCUAUGGAGUGUAAUAAUAGCUUGUUACGGAGUUCAUGGUCAUGGUGAGAUUGCUGUUUCACUUUUCAAUCAGAUGGUUCAAUCUGGGGUGAAACCAAACGAAGUCACUUUCACCUCUGUUUUGCACGCAUGCAGCCAUGCUGGUUUGGUGGAUAAGGGUUUUAAUUUGUUCAAAUUCAUGCUUGAAAAUCACAAAAUGAGUCCUCGUCCAGAUCACUACACUUGCCUAGUCGAUCUUCUUGGUCGUGCUGGUCGACUGGAUGAAGCUUAUGAUCUAAUCAAGACAAUGCCAUUUAAGCCUAACUAUGCUGUUUGGGGUGCACUGCUUGGUGCUUGUGUGAUACAUGAGAAUGUUGAGCUAGGAAAAGUGGCUGCAAAGUGGCUUUUUGAGCUUGAACCAGAGAACACAGGAAAUUACAUAUUGAUGGCAAAAAUUUAUGCUACAGCAGGAAGGUGGAAAGAUGCCGAGAAUGUGAGACAUAUGAUGAAUGAGAUAGGAUUAAGAAAAACAGCUGCUCACAGUUUGGUUGAGGUCAGAAAUGUGUGAUAUGGGUACAGAUUUUUCGGUUUGAAUGGAUAAAAUAUCUCUGCUAUGACCUAUACCUAAGUAGAGGUUCCAAUCAAAAGCCAAGGUGCUUGCCCAAAUGGAAGUGUUUGAUUAUGAUGACUGAUUGAUACCCUUAAUUGGAAGAUUUUGUUUGAUUGACAGAAGGGAAUCUGUUUUAGAGACUAGGGAAUGCCUUCAUAUAUCACUGCAAUCUAACUUAUGUUGCAAUCAGUUCUAACCAGCGUUGCCAUCGUAUCAAUUACAGUUGGCAUGCAGGUUAAUUUUGUAAGUUUUUGACUGAAGAGGCAACUUCUUGGUCAAACAGAAUGUGCAACUGUCAUUAUUAUGCAUGGACCAGUUUGCCAUUCCAUUUAUCUGCAUUGUAUGGAUACUAUAGGUAGGCAUUUGUAUGUAUCAUGUUAGCCUGCUGGAGGAUCAGGUAUAUUGAAUUAUAUUACUCUUCAAGUGGGAUCGAACUGUAGAGUGAUGAGAAUGUUGGGGAUGAGAUCUCUCAUGACAGCGAGCAGUCUUCAUUAGAUCACAGGAUAUGUCUAUGUAAAAUGGAGUUUGAUAUGGUUCUUUAUAAAAAAAAAUUACUUUAGGCUUUGCAUGUUAA